AUGAGGCUCAAUGCAGACCUCAUCAACCAUUCCCUCUCCUACCUUAACCCUCUGAAGGAGCGAGAGCUCGACCUUCGAGGACAUCGAAUACCCGCCAUUGAGAACCUGGGUGUCGCCGGUCCGCAAGAUGCCAUCGACUUUACCGACAACGACAUACUGACCCUCGGCAACUUUCCGCUGUCGCCCCGCAUACGGACUCUGCUCCUCGCUAGGAACCGCAUCGUCAGCAUACAGCCCACGCUGGCCAAUGCGAUACCGAACCUGACGAAUCUGCAGCUGACUUCGAACAACUUGAGCGAGCUGGCAGACCUGGAUCCGCUCAAGGGUUUCAAGAAGCUGACGCACUUGGUGCUGAUGGACAACCCCGUAGCGAAGAAGGAGAACUACCGCUACUGGGUUCUUUGGAGGUGCCCUAGUGUCAGGUUUCUAGACUUUCAAAAAGUCAAGCAGGCGGAACGGGAACACGCCAAAGAAAUCUUUGGCACCGAAGCUGAGCCUACAGAGCUUGCCCUCAAGGUAGGCAGCGAUAUAGCCCCCGGGUCUUGCAUGACCUUUAUGCCCACAAGUCGCGGUCUAACGAGUUCGUCUCUCAAGAUUAUUGGAACGAAAUCCAACUCCUUGGACAAAGCUGCCAAGACGGCCAACGCCGCGUCAACAGCUGGCUCGAAACUCUCCCGCAUCAAGCUUACCGACGAAGAGCGCCAGAGGCUGCAGGAGCGCAUCAAGAAUGCAAAGAGUUUGGACGAGAUUUUGAGGUUGGAGAAGGAGCUGAACGAAGGGAGGUUACCAGCCGGCAUCCACGCGAGCGACAUGAUGGAGGAAUGA